CUCGGGCAUACGAACGUGCAGACGAUCAUCAACAUGGCGAAGGGGAACCUUGUUGAAGGUAUGCCGAUCGACCUAUCCCUCCUCCCCCCAACAUGCUCACCCUGCAUCAAGGCGAAGCAAGCGCGAACCCCGGUACCCAAGACUCGCCAGGGGCCGCGGGCGACGCGUAAGCUUGAUGUUGUGGCUGUAGAUCUCAUUGGGGAGGAGGCGGUACGGUCGAUACACGGUAAUUACUACUCAAUGCACAUCGUAUGCGAGGGUACGAGCAUGAUGUGGGCGAUACCUCUGAAGACGAAGGAUGAGGCCCUCCCACGCCUCCAGGAGUGGGAGCAAGCACGU